AUGGGAAAUAAACAUUCAUAAGAAGAAGAAGAUUAAAAUAACGAAAAUGAUAUAUCAUUAACACCUUCUAAACCAAAAAAUGUUAAAAAAAUGAUAUCAAUUACAAUAAAUGAGAACGGUUAAUAUGAGGGUUUUCCCGAAGAAUGGGUAAAUAAGCUUGGUUUAUAUUAAAUAGAUAAAUCAAAGACUGUAAAUACAAAAGAUAUGCCCGAGGAAGUUCGAGCAACUGACCUUCCUGAAAGUAUAAUAAGCCUUAUAAAUGAUAAAAAAAUGGUAAUAUCUAAACCUAUGAAUGUAAAGCAUUAAGUGCAUAUAUAAAUAGAUUAAAAUGCACCUUAUGGGCUAAAAGGGUUACCUGAGGAAUGGUUAGAAUUAUUUAAAGCUUAAAAUAUAGACUAGAAUGAAAUAAAGUAGAAUCCUUAAGAUAUGUUAUGUAUUAUAAAAGGAUAUGAGUAGGAAUUUAUUCCAAAAAGACUAGUUUUGCCUACACAUGAAAACUUUAUAAAACUAGUAGAAAGUUUAAACUAUAUAGAAGAAGAUCCUUCGAAAUUUUAUAACUUCGAAAAUUAAUUGGGUAGAGGGGCUAUGUGUAAGGUUUAUAGGGCCUUUAGAAGAAAAAGUAAAGGCGAAGAAUUUGCCAUAAGAGUAAUGAAAUUAAGCGAUGAUUAAACUUUGUGUAGAACUAAAAUCGAAAUGGCCUUAAUGAUAAUGUGUUAGCAUAAUAAUAUUGUUAAAUAUAUAGAAACUUAUAAAUAUAUGGGAUGUCUUUUAUGGUUAUUGAAUAUAUGAAUGAAGGAGCAUUAACAGAUUAUGUCUAUUCUUAUUUCAAAAAAAUACCGGAAGAUAUUAUUAGAUAUAUAUGUAGGGAAAUAUUACUUGGGUUAAAGCAUGUACAUGAUCUUAAUUAAAUACAUAGAGAUCUAAAAUCCGAUAAUAUAUUAAUUAAUAAGAACGGGGAAGUCAAAAUUGCAGACUUCGGAUUCGCGAUCUAACUGACUUAAGAAAAAUCACGGAGGAAAACUGUAGUGGGCACGCCAGCUUGGAUGGCACCAGAGCUUAUUUUAAAAUAAGAGUAUACAGAAAAAGUCGAUAUUUGGUCCACUGGAGUUAUUGCUAUAGAAUUGGCGUUAGGGGAACCUCCGAAUUUAAGAAUGCCUCCGAUUAAAGCUAUGUAUAAUAUUGCGAGUAAGGGGCCUCCAAGAUUAGAUCCGAAAAUAUUUUCAUAAGAUUUUUGUCAUUUUAUAGAAUGCUGUUUAUAGAAAGACCCAAAAGAUAGAAUGAAAUGCGAUUAACUAUUGAAUUUGCCGUUUAUUAAGAAUUGUGAAGGAAAUGCGUAAGAUAAGUUUAGGUAAAUGUUGUUAGAUAAAAGAAAUAAGUAAAUAAAUGUAAACGGAGAAGGGAAAAUUGAAUUAUUUUUACAUGAAUAAUUAUAAAAUUAUUAGUUAAAUUUUUUAAAAAUAU